UAUAAGCAUUACUCUAGCAGUCGGUAGCAAUCUCUCUCAGGUAGCGUGAUUUAGCAAAUUCUUUCUUAGAUGUUCUUGUUAGAUUCCUACUUUGACCCACCCGUGUAAUAUCCCGCGUUAAAGUCAAAACCGUUGAAAAUAUGAUAAUUUUGUAAAACCCUUAGAAGCCGUUUGUCGUGAAUGAACUCAUACAAACUUGAUCCAAAAGCAAUGCAUGACAGAGAAGUUGUUGACAAGAAUUAAUGUAUAACAACACGUGUUUUAGGUAUACGAGUUGUCCCUCUUGUUAAAUAUCUAAGUCUUCCAUUUUAUGGAAAUAAUCAAUCUAUAUAUUUAAAUAAAGCGAACGUCUGGUUUGACAGUAGCUGAUUCGACUGCUACUUCGUAGUAAAGGAAUGUAAAUAGAAAAUGAGUUGUAAAAGUUAUUAGGUAGACUUAGAGUAAAGAUUUACUUUCUGUUCGAAUUUCGUUAAUAAAGGCUAACCCAUAUGCACAGAGAAAAUCGCUGGAAAUCGAGCAUAAAGCAUCAGAGAAACAUAUUUCGGUGGUAUUUUAUAACAAAGAGGCACGAGAAGUAUUAUUUUGUUUUUCUCCUAGUCAUGCCUGGCUUUGUGAGGAAGUGACGUACGUAAGUUAUUUUUAGGAAUGGGUCGUCUGCACAUUUGCUGCAAGCAGAGCAAUUCACGGUUAAAAAAAAAAACAGCGACACAAUGUGAUGUUGCUGAAUGUUCGCUUCGACACUCAGAUUCAGUUUUUACUCAUUCCGCAAAGACACAGGCUACAUACGCCAGUAGAUUAACUUUGUUUAAACUUGUGCGGACUUCGCCCUGUACUAAAGAAUUUUCUCAAAACAUUUCAAAAGCGAUUGGUAUCAAGUCACAUAUGCAGUACAGACAAGUCUUGGCUUGACAGUAAAUCGAAGAGAUUUGUUUCCUAUACCAAAGCCAACUAUACAAAAGUAUAAGCUGUCAAAACUAACAUCGAACUGUUGGUAACAAGCUUAACAAAGAUACGUACAGCAGCAGAUAUAUGGAUCGAGCAACUACACGUAGCUAAAGUCAAAUCUUCAACACGAUAAGCUGAGUGAUGUUUCUUUAGUUGACUCAAAGACAUGCACAAGUCUGCUGCACUGAACCACACUUGCUAUUAGAAAAACCGCCUGUGUGCCAGAGGGGUGUGUUCUGCUUUCCUAGUAGCAGAAGUAACUCUAACCUGGUUGGAGUCAAAGGCACCAAAGUCACCAUCCAGCGGCGCUCGUGGAGUCCACAUCCCAGUCUAAGAUGCCUUCAGGUUAUGUUAUAAGCCAGAACAUGCCUUCCUUAAGCGACAGCCUGACACUUACAAAAAAGACAGCAGAAUUAACAUCAGCUGCUGAAUCUGCAGCUUGGACUCUUAUUGGCAGCUUGCUGAGUGCUGAUAAUGUCACAAAGUGUGACAUAGAGCAGAGUUUUCUGCUCCAUAAACUGGCAGCAGCACCGGAAGUCGGUCUCUCGCUUGCACAAGGCAUACUGAAGAAAAUCUUAAAACAUGAAGUGGACAUCAACAUGAUAGAUAAAAAUAAAGAUACAGCUGUCGUGGUGGCUGCUAGAUGUGACAACACAAAGAUGGUGAUGGAGCUUCUAUCCCGACAGGCAGCUUUACCACCUGAUGUAACACACGUGUGUUCUUUCUUGCAGACUCUGACUAAGAACUGGAAACCACAAGAGACGCCUUAUAUGCACGCGCUUGUUGUCAAACUGCUGUGGGACAGACUACAAGACACAGCACUACACAGCUGUCACAAACAACUUCACCACACACUGGUCCGACUGGCAGUCACGUUUCACACGUCACUUGUACGUGAAAUGUUUGUAACAGAACAACAAGUGAACUCUCUAGACAGUGAGGGGAUGGCCGUGUUACACAGGUUAGCCAUGUUUGAUAGCGAUGACCAUAUCCGCCUUUUGCACUAUUUCAUCAGCAAAGGGGCAAAUGUCAAUCUACAGAAUACUUUCGGUGAUACACCUCUACAUAUUGCUGCCAAAAAUAGCAACUGGAUGAUGAUGGAGGCUUUGUUACACCGACAAGCUUACAGUGAUGUGACUAAUUGUGAACAGUUCUCAGUCUUACACAUAAUGGCUUCUUACACAGAUUCUAAACCUUUUUCGAAAAUUGACCAGAUAUUUCAAUUGUUAAUUUUCAACAAUAACAAUGUCAACAAAAAGGACGGCGAAGGAAACACAGCCUUACAUCUGGCAGCCCUCGCCGGUAACAUAACGUUUAUGAAGACAUUGUUAGAUCAUGGUGCUCGUGCUGAGGGUGUUAAUGACGAGCAGAAGACAGUUCUACACAUGAUGGCCAUGACAAAAAGAGAAGUGUUCUCCAAUAUAAAUCCCUGCAUAAACGUUUUAGUGCUGACUGUAAAGAGAGGCGCAGAUAUUCAACAAAAGAAUUGUGAUGGUAACUCUGCUCUGCAUCUUGCUGCUAAACAUGACAACUGGGGCUUGGUGGAAUUUUUGUUGAAGUAUGUUGACGAUGCUGCUCAGCCUGACAGUGAAGGCUUCAACAUUCUUCACAGACUUGCCAUGGUGAUAUCUUUGCAAGGCCGCAGUUUGUUUCACAAGGUGGCUCAAAAAGUUGGUGACAUCAAUGCAAAAAGUAAACAGGCGAUACAGCCAUACACCUGGCUGCAAAAUGUCAGAACUGGGACAUGGUCAAGCUGCUAGAACAAGAAGGCGCCGCAUGGGACGAACUAGACAGCGAAGGCUUUCAUGUUGUUCACAGAUACGCUAUGGGAAAAAACGUGGAGCAUAAUAUACUUUCAUUUUUUGAUAUUAGUAUGUACUGUAACACUCGUUGUUGGACUG